AUGACUGCGAAACCCAAGAUUCUCCUCCUUGGAAACAUCGAUCACGCCCACGAACGAUGGAAAUCCCUAAGCGAACUCGGCGAACUCACAACUCCCCAAUCCACAAACCGAGCAGACUUCAUCAAAGAAUGUCGGGACGGCAAACUCGACGGCGUGGUCGCAGCAUACCGGACCUUCCCAUCCGUCAGCAUAACUGGCUUCUUUGACUCAGAUCUAUGCAAUGCCCUACCCAAGUCCUGGAAAUACCUCGCCCACUGCGGCGCCGGCUACGAUCAAAUUGAUCCCGAGGCAUGCUCCGCACGUGAUCCUCCUUUACUGGUCUCCAAUGUCCCCACCGCCGUUGACGACGCCACAGCGGACACCGGCAUCUUCCUCAUGCUCGGGGCAUUACGAAACUUCAACACCAGCAUGUCUGCUCUUCGCAAAGGCGACUGGCGUGGCAAUCCACCUCCAGCCCUCGGCCACGACCCUCAGGGCAAAAUCCUCGGAAUUCUCGGCAUGGGCGGCAUAGGCCGCAACAUGAAAAAGAAGGCCGAGGCCUUCGGCAUGACGACCAUCUACCAUAAUCGCCGUCAACUCGACCCGAAACUCGCUGAUGGCGCGGAAUACGUCUCGUUCGAAGAACUCUUGAAACGCAGCGACGUGCUAAGUCUCAAUCUACCACUUAGCCCGAAGACACGACAUAUCAUUUCGACCGAGCAGUUUAAGCUCAUGAAACCCAGUGCGAUCAUCGUAAACACGGCACGUGGGGCCGUCAUGGACGAAGCAGCUCUGGUCGACGCACUGGAUAGAGGUCUCAUCGCCGGUGCCGGUCUGGAUGUCUACGAGGAAGAACCAAAGAUCCACCCUGGUCUGGUGGAGAAUAAUAAAGUGAUCCUUCUACCGCACAUGGGGACAUGGACACGAGAGACACAGGAAAAAAUGGAAGAAUGGGCCAUCGACAACAUCCACUCCGCACUACAGAAAGGUCACCUUAUGUCCCCAAUCUUCGAACAGCAGGGUAUGAGGUGA